AUGGUUCGUGUGGGGUGGCCUCAUGCCCUCCUUUUCCGUCUUCAGCAGAGUCCAAGGUUCUACCAGUAUGUAUGUAUGUAUGUAUGUAUGGUGAAUGUGUGUGCACCGAGAAAGUCUGGGGAAAACGCGGCACGGUCGGUCAGGGUCUGCCGUUUGUGUCUUCCUGCUUCACUUUUCUUCAGGCUUCGUCUCUGUGCGCUUCUCUCCAUCGCGCCAGACUCGUCUCGCUGUGGCCAGAUUCAACUGCUUGUUCGCUUCUCAUGUGGCAUGUUCUUCGGAGAGCAACUCCUUGGAGUUGGGCAUCUCUCAGCCAGAGAAUGGUCUCUGAAUUGUCUCUGUUCAAUGCGAUACCAGCCCAUGCUUGCGUCACUCAUCUGCCCACCCUCCACGUCGCAGCGUUGCACCAGGCGGCUGGGCCUACCAUUUACUUUGCUCUGUCUCUCUCACUCUCUCUCACUUCUCGCCUCUCGCCUCUCACCCCUGCCUUGCCUCUGGCUCAUGCUGCUUGUGUUGCUCACACUCCUCCUCCUCCUCUCACACACGGGGCACCAUCACAAUUCGGCGCCAGUGUUUGUGCGCUUCUCUCCCCUUGGUAAGGUCUCCCUCGCCUUGAUGUACUUUUGGCUGCUUGGGGUUACCCCCCCUUCCACCAGUCAAACAUCCUCAUCCGCCCCCCAAACACACACACUCACUCACACCCCCUUCCUUUCAUCUGGCAACCUUGGGCUGUGA